CGAUCUCGCAAUCAGUCUUCGGUGUAUUCGAAGACAAUCAAACGUUUUUUUCUUGUUUCUUAGCAUAUUGUAAGAAUGAGUGCAUGUGUAGCUGUUGGGUUUAGUUUAGGAUUGAGAAUACAGAAUUCACUAGCCAAGGUACGACAAGUAGAUGAUUACGCGAAUGUUCUUGAUAACGAGCUUGUUGCCGACAUUGUAGACAUGUUAUUUGGAUUUAUGAUCGCGAAAAUGCUAAAAAGUGCCUUAAUAUUGACACAGACAAAUUUCACGAACUGACAGACGUUGGUAAUGAAAGCAACACAUUUUGUAGGAGCGAUUGGGUACUGUAUGGAGCUAAUCUUUUUCAAUAUGAGGUCGAUACACAACUUGUCUAAGAAGCACAUAAACCCAAAACAUUUGCUAGCGUAAUGGGCUUUCGAACAAGAAUGAUUUGGUUCUUGAUGAUACGAAGCAUUGAGCAGGGUAUAAGAAUCUUGUUGCCAACAUGAUUCUCAUUCACAGACACAUUGGUGACAUCGAUUCAGGUUCGAGCCACCUACAAGCAAAGACUAAGGAUAU